GGGAUAUAAACGGGCGCUAGGGCCGGCUGCCCGCCCAGUUGUUUCUUUGGUGGGGUCGAGUGCUGCUGCUUUUUCGCUCGCAUUUUCACCACUACCCCGUCCGGCCUUUCCCAGCGUUUCCACGCGGAAGCCAACUGCUGGAGGCGCGGCGCGGCGUCGAGCCGGCCUAGUGUGAGGAAACCGCCGCCUCAGCCGAGCGCGCGGGCCCGCCCAGGGCGUUAGUUUGUAGGCGCGCAGUCGCGGCCCCCGGCCGGCUCUCCAGGGCCAUGAGUUACGGUCGCCCGCCUCCCGAUGUGGAGGGCAUGACCUCCCUCAAGGUGGACAACCUGACCUACCGCACCUCGCCCGACACCCUGAGGCGCGUGUUCGAGAAGUACGGGCGCGUCGGCGACGUGUACAUCCCGCGGGACCGCUACACCAAGGAGUCCCGCGGCUUCGCCUUCGUCCGCUUCCACGACAAGCGCGACGCCGAGGACGCCAUGGACGCCAUGGACGGGGCCGUGCUGGAUGGCCGCGAGCUGCGGGUACAGAUGGCGCGCUACGGCCGACCCCCGGACUCGCACCACAGCCGCCGGGGCCCGCCGCCCCGCCGCUAUGGCGGCGGCGGCUACGGACGCCGGAGCCGCAGCCCUCGGCGGCGCCGUCGCAGCCGCUCCCGGAGUCGGAGCCGGUCCAGGUCCCGCAGUCGCUCCCGCUAUAGCCGCUCCAAGUCUCGCUCCCGCACUCGCUCGAGGUCGCGAUCCACGUCGAAGUCCAGGUCGGCGCGAAGGUCCAAGUCCAAGUCCUCGUCGGUGUCCAGGUCUCGCUCGCGCUCCAGGUCCCGGUCCCGGUCCAGGAGCCCUCCGCCCGUGUCCAAGAGGGAGUCCAAGUCCAGGUCGCGCUCCAAGAGUCCCCCCAAGUCUCCCGAGGAGGAAGGAGCGGUGUCCUCUUAAGCGAAUGCUGCGGUCUCCUGUUUGAUAAAAGAAUAUUGGCCAGUAUUGCAGAUUUUAACUGAUUUGGCUGAUCCUCCAGGGACCAGUUUCUGUGGGCGUGUAUUGGAGCAGAUGGGUCAACAAGCAACAUAACAGAAGACUUGGGGGAAAAGGACCACAAACUCAGUCCAUCGAAGAGUCCUUGGAACAAGCAACUGGCUAUUGAAAAGGUUAUUUUGUAACAUUUGUCUAACUUUUUACUUGUUUUAAGCUUUGCCUCAGGUGGCAAACUUCAUUUUAUGUGCCAUUUUGUUGCUGUUAUUCAAAUUUCUUGUAAUUUAGUGAGGUGAACGACUUCAGAUUUCAUUAUUGGCUUGGAUAUUUGAGGUAAAUUUUCCUUUUUGUUUAUAUAGUGCUGACUUUUUUUGUUUGAAAUUAAACAGAUUGGUAACCUAAUUUGUGGCCUCCUGACUUUUAAGGAAACGUGUGCAGCCAUUACACACAGCCUAAAGCUGUCAAGAGAUUGACUCAACAUUGCCUUCAUUCCUUAAAAUUAAAAACCUACAAAAGUCGGUGUAAAUUUGUUUGUAUAUGUUAUUUACCUUCAGAUCUAAGUGGUAAUCUGAACCCAAAUUUGUAUAAAGACUUUUCAGGUGAAAAGACUUGAUUUUUUGAAAAGGAUUGUUUACCAAACACAAUUCUAAUCUCUUCUCUUGUGUAUUUUUGUGCACUAGGCGCAGUUGUGUAGCAGUUGAGUAAUGCUGGUUAGCUGUUAAGGUGGCGUGUUGCAGUGCAGAGUGCUUGGCUGUUUCCUGUUUUCUCCUGAUUGCUCCUGUGUAAAGAUGCCUUGUCGUGCAGAAACAAAUGGCUGUCCAGUUUAUUAAAAUGCCUGACAACUGCACUUCCAGUCACCCGGGCCUUGCAUAUAAAUAACGGAGCAUACAGUGAGCACAUCUAGCUGAUGAUAAAUACACCUUUCCCCCCCCUUCCCCCAAAAUGGUAUAUCUGAUCAUCUUCAUGUAUGAACUUAAAAUAUGGAAAAUGUUAAGGAAGCAAAAUGGUUUGUAACUUUGUAAGUACUUAUAACAUGGUGUAUCUUUUUGCUCAUGAAAAUUCUGUACUAUAACCAUUGUUUCUGUAGUUUAAUUAAAACGUUUUCUUGGUGUUAGCUUUUCUCAGAAUAUGUCUUGGUCAUUUUUCCCCCCUUUAUUUGAAAGACCUGUGCAAUUACCUUGUGAAUUGUUACUGACUGUGCAGUAUGAAAGUGAAAUGUGUAGUAGUUGACUUUUUUCCUAAGUUAAAAAGUGGAAAUGCCAUUUCAGCACCCAUAACCCCUAAAAUCAAUGCUCUAAGGUAGCACUUUCUUGAGGUUGUGGGUACCCCCGUCUCUCAGCUUAAUUUAUGCUGUUUUUAAAUUUUUUUUUUUCUAAAGAACAAGUCCCUUUUUUACGGGUGUAAAAAUUUUUGUUUUCAUGGCUUUGUAACCCAGGAGUGUUUAGGUGACCCACCACCAUCUUUAAGGCCAGCAGAUCAGACCAUAUUCAGUGCUUGUACUCCCAAGAAGCUGAAGUGGUCUGAGUCUUAGUUGGCAUGCCAGGUUGCUAAUUAGUAUUGACAUUGUCCCAGAAGAGCCUGUAUGUAGGUGUAAUUCAGAGACUGUCCUUUGCAAAGGAGAUGAUCAGCAUUUCAACAGUGUGUCUUCCUGGGAGGGCAGAUUCUGCUAUAUCUUCUUUGUCUGCAUCAAAAGACUCCAGAGGAAUGUGGACACAUUUCAUAUCCCACUUGUAGAGCAAAGCUUCAAGUGACCAGUCAGCACUGAAAAAAAAUAGUUUUUUAAAAUCA